CAAUCACGAAUGCACAGGGAUUGCAGCAACAGCAGCGCCGCGAGAUGGAGAUCUCCGCUGUGUGUGUGAGUGCCCAUUCCCGCUGUCACUGCACCGGCUGCCUCUCCCUCUGUCCUCCCGCAGCCUGUGAGAGCUGCUCCAGAGGCUGGACGGUUCCCCGGCACGCACUGACUUCAUGGAUGAACACUGGCUCUACCUGGGAUCUGUGCUUUCUCGUCCUUUCCACCUCUAGUCUGUUUCUCAAGGAAAUAUGGUGAGCAAAGAGGACAUCAAAUGCGUUGUUCUCUCAAACUCAGAUGACUCCGAUUCAGACACAGGCCCGUCACACAGCCUCGAUACCCAAUCUGGACCAGAAUCAGGCAAGCGCGAGGUGAAGAAGAGAAACAAGGCCUUACAAGUGCGAUUCAAAGAUAUCUGCGACGCUCAGAAUGAGUACCAGGGAAGACACUCCAGAUCCAUUUCCUGUAAAGUGACGCACCGAAAAUACAUGACCAUGCCGGCCAGACGCUCUAUUCCAAAUGUGACCAAGAGUACUGGGGUCCAGACCUCACCGGAUCUUACGAAGCGGUACAAGACUUUUCCUUUUGAGCGGAAAAAGGGACAUACGUUUAAGCAUACAGCUUUGGUGGAAGACUACAAAGGACAAAACAAUGGGUUUUUGAGCGACAUAAAGACGGAGGGCGAGGACGGACAACUUAUCGGGGAGUCGUCUGAGUGCAAGGGUAAGAUUGUGGGGCAGACCAAAGCGUUGCUUCACCACACCGAUGACAGCAGCGAUACCGAGGAUUUGCUCUCCAGCGCCAACUGUUUAGAUGGACCCUCGUGCCCGGAUUCACACUUCUCGGAGGAGAGCCAUCUUAGCAGCCCUCCUUCCAAAAGUGAACAAGAGUACCAGGGGUGCGGGACAAGGAGCAAACACAAAGUGUUAUCCAGAGAGAACACGGAUGUUGGCACGUCCUCAAAGAGACAGCUGGCUGACACAGAGUUUUUAGCGGACAAGUCAAAGGGCUCGGGCCCUGUUGCGUGGAACACUUUGACAAAAGUGGAGUCUUUAGGAAGUCCCUCUGUUAGCUGUAAACGGAAAAAGGGCUCCCAGUCAAACGAACAGCAGUCACAGACACUUCCCCACAGUGCCAAAUGUUCCGUGCAGUCGCAAGGGCAGCAUCGGACAAGGCAUGCGUCAGCCUCCUCUAAACUCCAGCAAACAGCUUGGGGCGAUGAGGGCUUUCUUCCAGGAGACACCUCGCGAGCCCCAGGUAUGGGGAGCAGUCCGCAGAUAAUGUCCUUAUCUGGAGACAAGGAUAUCAAAGCACAGCUGCAGGCCAUGGAGAACCUCAUCAGCUCCAGCCAGGAAACCAUCAAGGUCCUGCUUGGAGUUAUACAGGAGCUGGAGAAAGGUGAAGCACAGAGAGACGGGCUCACCUACCGAACGGGACAAGACACAGCAAAUUGUGACACUUGUCGAAACAGCGCGUGCAUCAUUUACAGUGUUGAGCUCGACUUCAAGCAGCAGGAGGACAAGCUGCAGGCUCUGAUGAAGAGACUCUGCCCCCUGGACAGCCAACAAUGUCCUGCUGCUCUGCCUUACUCUAACGAAGUGUUCACGUCCACUCCCAAACGCAAGUCCAAGUCCGAGUCCAAAAAGCAUGCACGCUGGAAACUCUGGUUCCUAUGAACAUGAGCUUCCGGGGGAAAAGGCCUUUGUUGUGGGCACGUUCGUAUCCCUGUGGUUCUCAAAGACGGAUAAAGAAAUAUUCAGAGGGAGGAAUCGACUCGUGAGGCGACAGAAAAACCACUUCCGUUGAGUUGAGACUGCACGUCAAGUCAGCUGGAGGGGGACACGAAAAAAACUGAACAUUUUAAAGUCUGUCAAACCUUUUUCUGGCAUGUAUGCCGGAGAGCGUCCAUACACACCUGCAAAAACCUAGGUGAGCAGAUACUAUGUAUUUUUUUAAGAUGUAAGUUAUUUAAAUGGAGUAUAUGUAAAUAUAUAUAUAAGCAGCAUUUGGCAUUAAAAAUGGUUGCUGCUAAUUAAACUGAAAACACUGUGCGUUGGUUUCUACAGUUUCCGAAACAAGAAAACAAGGAGCUGCACUUGUACCCGGCCUUACACUGUGUUCAUACGCAUACACAAACAUAACAUAAAUAAACAGACUUCAUUAGAUUUGUUGUUUUAAUCAUGAUAUUAUGGCCUUUCCGUGUAAUUAUUUCUCAAUCACUCUAUUAGAACGCAUCCAGAAAAUAUGGGAAACAUGUUUGCAGUUUUAAAAUAAACGACUUCAGGUGAAAAAAAGAUGCCAGGAUUCAAAAUGUCAAGUUUAUUUGGCCCUUUUCCACUAUGGUCCCAGCUCGACUUGACUCGCCUCGCCACGGCACGGUUUAGGUUGGUUGGUACCGACUCAACACGGGCGGAGGCACCACUGUACGGCUGCAUGAAACUUCAUUUUGACGUGUAAAGCAGUUGUUUUCAGUGUAACUGAAUCAUUAGAAUCAGUUAGAAUCGCUGUUGAAUAUUGACUUUUCAGACAUUUCACUGGUAAUUGUUGGAGAUUAACCUACAUUUUUAAGAUUGUUCAGUCUUUUUAACUGAACUACAGUUCGGCAUUUGUUCUUGUGUCGGAUGUCUCUUCCUGUGACGCGUCAGCUCGCUUGGAACCUCGCCAGAGCAGGUACUCAAAAAAGUACCAAUGCUAGUGGAAACCGUGCCGUGCCGAGCCGAGUCGAGCAGGUUGAAACACGCCAUUAGUGUCUGGGUCGCUCUGUGACACCCCGACGAAAAGUCUAGCAUGUUAGAAUUUGUUUCCAUUUCUUAUUAUUUACAUAUUCUAACAAGCGUAACAUCCAGACGUGAACAUGUCCGAUGUCGAUAACUCUUACCGUUACUGUAUCUUUAUCUCAGAUGCCGUAACCGUGGUCGUUUCAUGAGUUCAUGGAACACAUUUCUUACAUAGGCCCCUUUAAAUGCUGAGUGAAUGCUCUCAUUUGAUGUUAACGUCUUUUUAUUGCAUCCUCCAAUGCAAUGUACUUUUUGUCCUUUUCUUCCCCCCUCAGAGCAUAUUGCUUGGCGACAAGAGGAGGCGCCAUGUCGAGGGCCUUUAUGAGUGAAGCUAUAAUCUUUGAAUGGACAUCAGCCCCAACCUCCGGCAAAGCACAAACAUUUGACUAUAGAGAGGAACAUGAGCAAGAGACUGAAACACAGUACAGUACAUGACAGUAUGACACUGCUGUUCUUAUAACCCUGUCGACUCCCUCUCUCUCUCUCUCUCUCUUUCUCCAUCAUCUUUAUCUCUCUAACAUCAUGUUAACAUCUCAGUGCAUCUGACUGACUGAACAUCUGCCUGCCUUGGUUAAUACCCCCCGUCCCCGUCCCCUCUCCCUCUCUCUGUGUCCCAUUAUCUCUCUCUCUCUGUCUCUCCAUUUUGCUUCCUGUGCUUCACUGUGUCUUGCGUCCUCUUCUUUUAGCUCCACUAAGUUCAUAUUUUGAAAUAAAUGUCUGUGCUUUUAUGCUAAGUUGGAGAUGAAAUUUCAAAACACACACACACACAUACACGUAUUCCGGCCCCUCCUCUUGAAGCAGGUACAGUUGUUUAAAAAAAAAAUUUAAAAAAUGCAGAAGUACUCUGGGUGUCCGAUUUUAACAGCAUACACGUUGUAAUGUUUUUACGACUUCUAAGGCAGAGUAUUUUCUAUGACGAUGUACAUGCUGUUUUUGCUUUUAUUUGAAUUAGAAACAAAAGUAAAAGCUAUUUUAACACUUCUCUGCGAGUCCAUUAAGAGUCUUACCUUCUGUGUGUGUGUGUGUCACAGUGAACCUGUAGUACCCACUCCAUUUUUAGGUUGUCACGUUUCAUGUGAGCUUUGAAGUGCUGUUAAGGAUUUUCCGAUUUUACCUCGCAAAUCAGCUUGAACUCGCACUAAUGUGAGCUAACACUGGCGAGCUAACAUUUUUAAGUGCUAUUUUGUAAUAUUGAUUUUCCUUGCAAUUCAAUUACAACCUGCAACUUGUAUAAUUAAUUUUUUUUUUUUUUUUGCUUUUUCCGCAACAGAAAACAAGAAACACCACACACCUGUCUACCAAACCCACACACACACAACUGUGCACUGAACUUUGCAAGGGUAGAAGGGCUAUGCACAGUGCUAAAGGACUACGGUAGCAAUCUUCUCGCCACGAGCUGGCAAUCGUUUAAUUUAACCUCCAGUGUGUAAUAUUUAGGAAGGUCUAUUGGCAAAAAUGUGAUAUUCUAUCUAUAAGUAUGUGUGUAUAAUCACUUAAAAAUGAGAAUAAGCCUUUCUUAUGAAUUACAGGCGACCACUAUGAUGUUUGUACAGCAGCCUGCUGUAUAUGGACAAACCAGCCAGAGCGUGCGUUUAGAAGGAAACGCUUUGUAGACAAAUGAAGAAUAAUGGCAUCCUUUCUGGUAAGUGAAGGCCACCAUAGUUCCAUGCCACACUCUAGAAAGGGGGGAGUGAAUGAAGGAGUCUUCCACUUAUUAUAAUUUAUUACAAUCUGUAAUCUGGCCAUUAGAUGACACUAAUCCUUACACACUGGAACGGCAGCUCUUACUUUAUCGAGAUCACGGGACUGUUAGUUGUCUAUGAAAAUGUCAGGCCUCCCAUUGUUAUGUUACACUGUAGAUGCCAUUAUUCAGGUCGCCAGUUUUCACGCAAAGAUCUGUACUCUGAGAAAGUGCAAUUUAGUGAUCAUGUGCAAUAUGAUGUGCAUUUUUUUCUA